AUGUCCACGAUCUGCAGGUCAUGCCGGUCUUUGGCCUUCUCCAAGCGGAGUUUCGCUGCAGCAGCUACCCCUCGUCCAGCUCGUAACCCAAAAUCACUUGCCAACAAGCGAACCCCCUUGCCCAGAUUAGGUCGACAAGCUCCCGAGCAGGAAAGUUUAGCGGUCCUCAUCCAGAGGCUAGCCAGGCUCAAAUCAGAGAAUAGACGUCCCAGACCCGAAGCGUAUGUCGCCAUACUCAGAGCUGCUGGGGAUUUCUCACUCAGUCGUACAGCACAUGGUGAAGAGUCGGAGAAUCUAGGAUGGCAAGUAGCUCAAGCGGCCUGGGAAGAUGCCAAAGCAGGAAAUGUUGAACUCGGUCCGGAAGGGAUGGAAGCUUUCUUGAGGUUUUCCGUCAUAUAUCCUCAUCUCCUUCAAUCAUUCUUGCUAUAUACCGAUUCAAAACUUGCCGGAAGCUAUGAAGGUCUUGCUCGAGCAGCCUCUAUCAACGGCAACCUCGAACAUCUCAUAUACGUUAUCAACGACCUGUUCGUCAAUGACAUACCCGUUCCUCUGCACACGGUCAAGACCGCAAUUCGUUCGGCCUGCGAGUGGGGAUGUCCUCGUCUGGCUUUACAGAUCGCGGAGAAGAUAGAAAAUGAUUCGGCUGUCGGUGUAAGAUUGGAUCAAAGUGCAUGGGUGGAUAUAUUGAUAGCCAGUGCGGACGCUCAUUUCCUUUCCGGUGCGGAGACAGCUUGGUAUAGGGUCAAAUCAAGCUAUACAGCCGAUGAAGGGCUUAUCUUAUCCUUGCUCAACGCGGCGGGGCGAUGGGGUAGACCGGAUUUUGCAUCUACCAUUCUUGAAUCUUUACCUGUUGCUCCUCAGGAACAGCACCUCGCACCGUUGUUAGAAGCAUUUUGCAAUGCUGGAGAAAUGCCGAAUGCUUUCCAGGUGCUGGUAUCCAUCCGAGAAGCUGGUCUUACACCUACAAUGGCUACCGUCCAACCUAUUGUCUCAGUUUUAUCCAAUGCGGAGGUGAUAGAUCAAGCAUUCUACGGAUUAGAAGACAUGUAUAAAGCAGGACAACCGAUCGAUAUCACAGCAUUGAACGCUUUGAUCGAUGCUUCAGCUCGACUCGGCGAUCUUCAAAGGGCUAGAGCAACCCAAACAGCAGCUAGGGAUCUCGGUCUGACACCCAAUGUGGACACCUUCAACCUAGUACUGUCUUGUUGUAUAUCUGCGCAACAUCGACCACUCGGUGAUACGAUACUCAACGAAAUGUCUUCGCAAUCUUUAUCACCCAAUGCUCCGACUUACGAAAAUAUGAUCAACCUCUGUCUUACUCAACCAAAGUAUGAAGAUGCUUUCUAUUACCUUGAAAAAGCGAAAGCCGAUGGAUUCAAGCCUUCAUAUGCGGUUUAUAACUCUCUCGUCCGCAAAUGUAUCACUACUAACGACUCUCGAUGGCGAUUGGUGGUGGAUGAGAUGAAGUCUAUUGGAUAUCGGUUGGAUAAUGAAUUGCACGAGUUCAUCAACUCGGGUGGGAAGCCUCGAAGAGCUGAGAAAGGUAGACGAAGAUCAGAGGAAUCAAAGAGGAGUGAUAGUAAAGGAAAGCAGCGGUCCGAAAGAGGAGAAUAG